UAGAUUAAGAAAUGAGGGCUUUAGUAGUUUUUCUACAAACACAUUAUUAGUUUGCAGUCGAAUUUCAUUCAAAAAUAUUUUUCUUUUAUCAGUCCUGGAAGUAAAUAAAUGAUCUAACUGAAUCCCUAUACCUUUUAUGGUGAACAGAAAAUAUAAAGUGUUUCAUUAAAAGUUAAAAAUCAACGAAAAAGUCACAGCAAAUAAUCAAAAUAAGAAUGUCAUCAUCAACGUCAAAUCCUUUACCUGAUGUAGAACCGCAGGCUUCAACAAGUGAAUCUUCAGAGUAUAAACCACAACAAUCAACACAAUAUUCUUUUAAACCUUCACCUGAAAAUAGUAAAACGUCAACGAAAGCAGAUUUUACAGAUGACGAAGAAAAGAAAGAUGAUUCGAUGUAUGUUUGUAACAUCUGUUUGGAUAUAGCCAAAGAUGCCGUGGUUUCUAUGUGCGGUCAUUUAUAUUGUUGGCCAUGUUUAAACACUUGGCUCGAGACUCGUCCUACUAGGCAACUUUGUCCCGUAUGUAAAGCAGCAAUUUCCAAAGAAAAAGUGAUUCCAUUAUAUGGGAGGAAUAGCGACAAACAGCAAGAUCCCCGUUCUAAAGUUCCACCACGUCCUCAAGGUCAAAGAACUGAACCAGAUCCAAACACGGGCUUUCAAGGCUUUCAAUCAUUUAACGGUGCUGAUGGUGGUUUUCAUCUUUCAUUUGGCAUCGGUGCAUUUCCUUUUGGCUUUUUUGCUUCCAGUUUCAAUUUCAAUGAUAUGAGACCGUCAGCGAGAGCUCCACAACACCAACAAGGAACACCACAGUUUGAAGAAGAUCAAUUUCUUUCGAAAGUUUUCUUAUGGGUGGCUUUGUUUUUCUUUUCAUGGUUGAUUUUAGCUGAAGCUUAGUUAGUUAUAAGCAGCGCAAACAAUAAUCAUAAUUUAAUCAAUUAAAAACAUUCCAACAAUUUAUCAUGAUUUUGUUUGUUUGAAAUUUAAAUUGUUUUAAUUUCUUUCAUCAAGAUCAUGUUUGCAGAUGCCAGUUUAAUUAAUUACUUUAUUUCUUUCUUUUCAUAGUUUCUCUGAUAUUCUCAAGUAUCUGAAGAUUGUUAUAUAUUGUGGUGGAAAUUGCAAAAAAAUUAAAUAUUAUAUAAUUGUUAUUUAUAAUUUGGAUGAUGAUGUCGGUAAUAAAGAAGAAAAUGAUUAAAGUGG